UAUUUUCAUGCAAAAGCACGCAAAACUAAAAUAUCCGAAAUAUAUCAGAUUCGAAAGUACCCAAAAUAUCCAAAAGUACACAAAACUAAAAUAUCCAAAAUAUAUCAGAUUCGAAAGUACCCAAAAUAUCCAAAAGUACACAAAACUAAAAUAUCCAAAAUAUAUCAGAUUCGAAAGUACCCAAAAUAUCCAAAAGUACACAAAACUAAAAUAUCCAAAAUAUAUCAGAUUCGAAAGUACCCAAAAUAUCCAAAAGUACACAAAACUAAAAUAUCCAAAAUAUAUCAGAUUCGAAAGUACCCAAAAUAUCCAAAAGUACACAAAACUAAAAUAUCCAAAAUAUAUCAGAUUCGAAAGUACCCAAAAUAUCCAAAAGUACACAAAACUAAAAUAUCCAAAAUAUAUCAGAUUCGAAAGUACCCAAAAUAUCCAAAAGUACACAAAACUAAAAUAUCCAAAAUAUAUCAGAUUCGAAAGUACCCAAAAUAUCCAAAAGUACACAAAACUAAAAUAUCCAAAAUAUAUCAGAUUCGAAAGUACCCAAAAUAUCCAAAAGUACACAAAACUAAAAUAUCCAAAAUAUAUCAGAUUCGAAAGUACCCAAAAUAUCCAAAAGUACACAAAACUAAAAUAUCCAAAAUAUAUCAGAUUCGAAAGUACCCAAAAUAUCCAAAAGUACACAAAACUAAAAUAUCCAAAAUAUAUCAGAUUCGAAAGUACCCAAAAUAUCCAAAAGUACACAAAACUAAAAUAUCCAAAAUAUAUCAGAUUCGAAAGUACCCAAAAUAUCCAAAAGUACACAAAACUAAAAUAUCCAAAAUAUAUCAGAUUCGAAAGUACCCAAAAUAUCCAAAAGUACACAAAACUAAAAUAUCCAAAAUAUAUCAGAUUCGAAAGUACCCAAAAUAUCCAAAAGUACACAAAACUAAAAUAUCCAAAAUAUAUCAGAUUCGAAAGUACCCAAAAUAUCCAAAAGUACACAAAACUAAAAUAUCCAAAAUAUAUCAGAUUCGAAAGUACCCAAAAUAUCCAAAAGUACACAAAACUAAAAUAUCCAAAAUAUAUCAGAUUCGAAAGUACCCAAAAUAUCCAAAAGUACACAAAACUAAAAUAUCCAAAAUAUAUCAGAUUCGAAAGUACCCAAAAUAUCCAAAAGUACACAAAACUAAAAUAUCCAAAAUAUAUCAGAUUCGAAAGUACCCAAAAUAUCCAAAAGUACACAAAACUAAAAUAUCCAAAAUAUAUCAGAUUCGAAAGUACCCAAAAUAUCCAAAAGUACACAAAACUAAAAUAUCCAAAAUAUAUCAGAUUCGAAAGUACCCAAAAUAUCCAAAAGUACACAAAACUAAAAUAUCCAAAAUAUAUCAGAUUCGAAAGUACCCAAAAUAUCCAAAAGUACACAAAACUAAAAUAUCCAAAAUAUAUCAGAUUCGAAAGUACCCAAAAUAUCCAAAAGUACACAAAACUAAAAUAUCCAAAAUAUAUCAGAUUCGAAAGUAA